GAGAAGACCUACUCCAAUAAUUCAUCUACGCCCAAUAAUCAUGCCAACAUUACUAUUAAUAUAUCUCAAUCUGAAGGAAUGCUGGAAGAAGGUCGCGUCGUUACGGUUCGCGAUUUGUUGAAGGGAUUGUAUGAGAAGGCCUGCCAGCAAAAACUCUGGGGGCUUGUACGUCACACGGCCGGUAUGUUGGGCAAACGUGUUGAAGAUCUAGCCAAGGCUGUUACCGAUUUGUUGGUGCGACAAAAACAGGUUACCGUUGGUAUGCCGCCAAAUAAUGAGUACACCAUUACGGCGCCAUUGCCCGAGGCGGAUCUAAGGCAAUUGAUACAUGAUGCUUAUGGUGAUGACGAAAGUACGGCCAUGUUAACCCAGGAGUUGAUGGUCUACCUUGCCAUGUUUAUACGCACGGAGCCACAACUUUUCCACGAAAUGUUACGUCUGCGUGUCGGCUUAAUUAUUCAAGUUAUGGCCAAGGAAUUGUCGCGUACCCUAAACUGUGAUGGCGAAGCUGCUUCGGAACAUUUGCUGAAUUUAUCACCCUUCGAAAUGAAGAAUUUAUUGUAUCACAUCUUAAGUGGCAAAGAGUUUGCCGUCAGCAGUGGUAAGUUAAAAUUAUACACCAACAUUUUCUAUAAAGAAGGCCUUUUUACCUCUUGACCUUCCAUGAGAACA